UAAUUAAUCCUUCUCUUUUACUUAAAACCCCAAAUACACACACACACACACACACACACACUGUUGUUGUGUUUGUGAGAGAGACCGUAAUCAAAUCAUCAUCUCCAUCUGAUAUUUUACCAACACUUGUCAAUUAAUCAACCCUAAAACCUAAUCUCAACCUCCUCCUCCUCUCUCCCCCUAAAUCUCUAGAUCCUGGGAAAAGCUGGAGAAGAAGAGACAUCGUGGUUGAAGAGAUUCUCCAUUGGUGGGCGUUGUUGCUUGCUUCCGACAUAAGUACUCACUCCCCUUCAGAUCCGGACAUAAGGUGAGGAGGCUCUUUUGAUUCUUUUUUUGUUGAGUAAUGUCGAGACUUGCGAAAUGGAAGCUGGAGAAAGCCAAAGUCAAAGUGGUCUUUCGGUUGCAGUUUCACGCUACUCAUGUUCCACAAGCGGGAUGGGACAAGCUGUUCAUAUCUUUCAUCCCUGCUGACUCUCUAAAAGCUACAGCUAAGACAACAAAAGCUCUUGUCAGAAAUGGGACUUGCAAGUGGGGUGAUCCCAUUUACGAAACUACAAGGCUGCUCCAGGAUACAAGGACCAAGCAAUUUGAUGAAAAACUCUACAAGAUUGUUGUGGCUAUGGGUACUUCUAGAUCUAGUAUACUUGGAGAAGCUAUGAUCAACCUUGCUGAAUAUGCUGACGCCUUAAAGCCUUUUGCGGUGGCAUUGCCCUUGCAAGGCUGUGAUUCAGGAGCUAUCUUACAUGUCACUGUACAGCUGUUAACUUCAAAAACAGGCUUUAGAGAGUUUGAGCAGCAGAGAGAACUCAGGGAAAGGGGACCGUCCACCACCCCUGACCAUAGCAGUCCUGACGAAUCCUCUCGUUCCAAAACUUCCCCUUCUGAUGACUCUCUUAGUCAUGUUGAUAAGACAAAUAUAAGAGGGAGUUUCAGAGAGAAGUUCCGAGAUGAUUCUUUUGUGGAAGAAGCUGUGAGGCCAAAUGACCCUGAUUCAUCAAUGGGAUUCGAUGUCUCUUCAAACACAUCAGGAAGCCUAAAUGCAGACAAACAUGAUAUAUCCAGCACAAACGAAAUUGACAGCCUCAAAAGUAUGGUUUCCGGAGAUUUGAGUGGACUUGCUCAGAGCCCUCAGACAGAGAAAGACGCUCGCGAGUGGCACAAUGGCUGGGGUUCAGAGUAUCUUAACAAGAAUAGCGAUUUGGGCAAUGCCAUAGAAGAGAACAUUAAGCUUAAAGGCUUCGUGGAGGACAUGGAAUCAUCCAUUAAUGAGAUUAAGACUGAAGUGAACUCGCUACAGUGCCAUGCAGAUGAUAUAGGUUCCAAAGCUCAAGAGUUUUCUCAAAUACUUAUUUCAGAGAUCAGUUCUGGGGAUCGGUUGGUCAGGGAAGUGUCUGUGUUGAAAUCAGAGUGCUCAAAAUUAAAAGAAGAGAUGGAGCGCUUGCGUAGCGUCAAAACACAUGUUGGAUAUAACAGCAAAGACCAAGAUAACGUUUCCCACAACCUACAGCUAAGAUGGCUGCAAGGUCUUUCAGUUGUAGAGGAUAACAUCAGAGAGAUUCAAAAGAAAGUUUGCUAUAGCUACCAUGACAGGGACUUACGCUUAUUCCUCGCAGACUUUGAGUCUCUGCUCGGAGUUCUACUGGACUUCAAAAGGCAGAUUAGCACAGUACCAUCUGAGAAAACCACCACCUUAGCCAAUAAAAAUGAGAGAGGCAUAUCAGGUUCUCAGCUGGACACUGAGAUUUAUCAACCAGAACUUGAUCCCCUUCAGUAUCUUGGUAUGCCUGAUCUUACAUCUCGUGAACCCAAUUCAGCAGAUUCUGCAAAUGCCAUGAGAGAUAAAAUACUCGAGCUUGUGCGAGGGCUGGACGAGUCUAAAGCCGAACGUGAUAGCCUUACCAAGAAAAUGGAUCAGAUGGAGUGCUAUUACGAAUCUCUAGUCCAGGAGCUCGAGGAGACUCAAAGGCAGUUGCUAGUAGAGUUACAGAAUCUAAGGACUGAACAUUCCACAUGCAUCUAUAGUAUCACUGGCGCUAAUGCUGAGAUGGAAGCGUUGCGCCAAGAUGUGAAUGAGCAAGCACUCCGAUUUUCCGAGGAGAAGAAAACUUUGGUUUCUCUGAAUGAAGAACUUGAUAAACGAGCUAUGGCUGCAGAGGCAGCGCUUAAAAGGGCGCGGUUAAAUUAUUCUAUUGCUGUCAACCAUUUGCAGAAGGAUCUUGAGUUGCUUUCCUCUCAGGUUGUAUCUAUGUUUGAGACCAAUGAAAACCUCAUCAAGCAAGCUUUUCCAGACCCUGGUGAUUCAAAGCCUGAGAAACAGGACACUCGUGAUGUAAAACUCACACAGUUUCAAAAUGAGAAGAAGGGGAUGAAGGAACGGCCCUUAAAGGGUGAUAUUCUUCUAGAAAACUUGCAGAGAUCUCUUCAGGUGCAAGAAAGCCUAUAUCAAAAGGUUGAAGAAGAACUUUAUGAGAUGCACUCAAGGAACUUAUAUCUGGAAGUGUUCUCGAAAAUUCUACAGGAAACUUUCCUUCAAGCAAGUGUUGACAUAAGAAUAAUGAAAGGGAAAAUUGAUGAGCUUGGAUGGCAGCUUGAGCUUUCAACAGAGGCCAAGGAAAUGUUGAAGCAGAGGCUGGAUAUUACGCUGGACGAGGUCUUCUCUCUGAAUGAGGAGAAAACCACAUGCAUUGCCAAAUGGAAUGCUGUAGCUUUUCAGAAUCAAAGUUUAGAGGCAAAUCUGCAGAAUGUUACUCACGAAAACCUCAUCCUUCUGCAAAAGAUUGAUGAACUGGAAUCUGUAGUGCUCGAGUCCAAGAAUUGGAAAAACAGUUACGAGACAUGCAUUUGUGAGAAAAAAGAGCUCGCAGAGCUCUUGGAGAAAGAAGCGCUUGAAAAAGUUCAUCUUCAGAAACGGUUUGCUACUGUGCAGGCUGAGUUUGAUUCUCUGAGAGAUAAGUUUGAUGAUCUGGCUACUGCAAAUGAAAAUCUGCAGAAGGACGUCGGCAGUCUGAAGGACAAGCUGAUGAACACAUUAGGUUGCUACAAUGAAAAGCUCAUUUCCUUGCCUCUGUGGGAAGGAGGAGUGGAUCUUGAUUUGGAGUCCCCUGAUUUAGCAGAGCAGCUUGAUAGAUUCUUGUGUAAGAUAUGUGACAAAAGUCUUGUACUUAUGAAAGAAAAUAAAGAUCUGGUGGAGGAAAAAUCCAAGACAGAGUUUCAUUUGAGGGCUGCAGAGGCUGACAUUACUGAGCUCAAGCAGAAGCAUGAGAAUAAUGUGCGCCUACUCGUGGCUAAGAAUGAGGCGCUUGGCCAAGAGAUCUCAGAACUAAGCUCUGUAACUGUUGAACAUGGAAGAACCAAGCUGCUUGUUGAAGAACUAGCUGAAGAGAAAAAAGGUCUUCUGGUUUCUCUCCUGGAUAAAUCUCAGGAAACGUUGGGUCUUGUGCGUGAGCUUGAGAAUUUAAGGACAACAUUUGAUCAAGAGUUGAGAAUUGAAAAAAGCUCCAGGCAGGAGCUAGAAAGUAAAAUGCAAGAUCUUACUUCUGAGUUCACUGCUAAAAGUUCCAAAUUGCUGAGAUUUGAUGAGCAAAGCUCUGAGUUAGUCCAUCUGAAGCAAAUGGUUUCGGAUUUGGAGUUGGAGAAGGCAAAUCACACUCAUCUUUUGUCAGGAUAUGAAACAUCUCUGAGAAGCUUGAAUCGUGAUUCAUCAUAUAUUUCCGAUCUGGAAUCUCAGUUACUUGAAAUGGUGGAAUUUUCAAUAGCAGCAGAUAUCCAGAUUCUUUUCGUAAGAUCUGAGUGGGAGAGUUAUGCUGAGGAGCAGCACAAGGAAUAUUUUGAGGUACUGACUGCACUCAAUGGCUCUCGUUAUGUAGAAGCUCAGUAUAUGGAUAAUAAUAUAAAGCUAUUGACAGAUCUCGACUCUGUAAAAUCAGAAUUGAAAACUGAGAGAAGUUUGAGAAACAAAUUAGAGAGCAGAAUCGAAGAACUUGCGUCUGAGUUAGAUGAAAAGCACCUGCUGUUGGAUAACUUUGAUUUGCAGAAAUCUCAAGUGAAACUUUUGGAGAAGAUGGUAGCUGAACUGGAAUCUGAAAAGUCCUCUCAGAGUUUGGAGUAUGAGAGAAAUGCUCGUCAAGAGUCUUCUUUUAUUGAAGAACUGUUUCAGUGUCUAAUAGCUGGAGAUGUUCAGCAUGUUGUUACAAAAAUCCAGUCUGAGACCUACAUCGAUGACCUUGCAGAACAACUUAGAUGCUGCUCUAAGAGCCAUCUUGAGUUUCAAAAGAAGCACGCUGAUAUGGAAUCUGCCCUCAACCAUUGUCUAGUCAACGAGAAGCGGUACAUGGAAGAAAACAAUCAAUUACUGGUUAAUCUCGAAGUCUUGAAGUCUGAGCUAGAGUCUUCCACGGCUACAAGCAGAGCUCUUACUGAUAGAAAUGAAGAAAUGUCAGUCGAGCUUGAAGAAUACACAAAUAGGCAUGGGAAUGCAGAAAGAAGUUACUCUGAGAGAAACCUAUGUGCUAAUGAGGUUGAGCAAUUGAAAUCUUUGUUGGUUGAGCAUGAAGAAGAAAUAGAAAAACUGAUGGUGUUAAAGUCUGAGGCGGAAAUAACAGUCGAGGUACUGAAAGAUAAACUAGCUGAGCUGUGUGGAAAAGGUGCCAGUGAGCUUGAGAAACUGCAAAACAGGUGCGGUGAUCUCACUCAGAAGCUCUCUGAGCAGAUUCUGAAAACAGAAGAGUUCAAAAGCUUGUCCAUCCAUUUGAAAGAGCUUAAGGACAAUGCAGAAGCUGAAUGCACUCGUGCCCGUGAAAAGACGGACUACCAAGCCCCGCUAACUCCACAGCAGGAGUCAUUGAGAAUCAUUUUCAUCAAAGAACAGUAUGAAACCAAGCUGCAGGAGCUUCAACAUCAGCUGACCAUGUCCAAGAAGCAUAGUGAAGGAAUUCUGAUGAAAUUACAAGAUUCCAUUGAUGAGAAUGAAACUAGGAAGAAGGCGGAAUCCAGCUAUUUAAAGAGAACCAAAGAGCUGGAAGAUAAAAUAUUGGAACUGGAGGCUGACAUGCAAUCUGUUAUGAACGAUAGACGUGAGAAGACAACAGCUUAUGACAUGAUGAAGGCUGAGUUGGAUUGUUCGUUGCUUAGCCUCGAGUGCUGCAAGGAAGAAAAACAGAGGCUUGAAGAUUUUCUGCAAGAGGAGAGACUGAAAAUGUCUAAAGAGCUAGAAUCAAUGAGAGAAUCAGUACAGCGUUACAGCACUCAGGGUGUAACGGAGUUGGCUGACAAAGAUAUAAUUGCAAGCCCCAGGCCGAAAAUUCAGGGUGCUAUUCAAUCGAGGGGUGUAAAUGAAAACGGAGACCAAUCACCUUCGGGAGAAGCAAUGGCACUGGACAAGAGUGAAGAAAGCCUAGCUUUGAUCAAUGAUAGCUUUAGGGCAGAGACUUUAAGGUCUAGCUUGGAUCACUUAAACAAUGAGCUAGAAAGGAUGAAGAAUGAGAAUUUACUUGAAUCUCAAGAUGAUAAUGAUUCAGAAACCAGAUUCCCGGGUUUGGAACAAGAGCUGAUGCAGUUGCGUCAGGCAAAAGAAGAACUUCAAAGCAUCUUCCCUCUAUCUCACGAGAAUUACAGCUGCGGGAACGCAUUGGAGAGGGUUCUUGCACUGGAAAUAGAACUUGCUGAAGCAUUACGUGGAAAGCAAAAACACUCAACCAUCCAUUUUCAGAGCUCUUUCUUGAAGCAACACACAGAUGACGAAGCAAUCUUCCAGAGUUUCAGAGACAUAAACGAUCUAAUCGAGGAAAUGCUGGAGACCAAAGGCCGGUAUGCAUCUAUCGAGACAGAGCUCAGGGAGAUGCAUGACCGCUACUCUCAGCUAAGCCUCAAGUUUGCAGAGGUUGAAGGAGAGAGACAAAAGCUGAUGAUGACUCUGAAGAACGUAAGAGCAUCCAAGAAAGGAAUGGUAUUAAACCGUUCAUCUUCAGCAACUCUUGGUGAACAUUAAUGCACAGAUGAUGAUACUAUGUAUAUAUAUGUCCCCAAUGAUGUUGAAUAAUAAAUCCAAGUUCUAACAAUGGUCUCUCAAGUUAUAGAUAGCUUAAUAUAAAAUGUUCUUUAAUUCAAAGAUAUGGGGUUCUCAAAGUGUGUCUUCUCUGUAAUGUACAGAAACCCAACUUGUUCAACUCAGAGAAUCAAACUGUAAUUUUCAAUUAUACUAGAAAACUCAUGUUAUGUUUUAUCUUUCAAA